AUGAACCGGAAUGACAAGGGAACUAUGAACCGGAAGAAUGGUGGGAAUCUUAAGAAGUCUGGGAACUUUAAGGAUUCUGGGAUCAAUAAAGAGAAGAGUGAAGGAAAAGGUGGAUUGAAUGUUGAGAUACAUCCAUUAUUAAAAGGAAUUGUUAAUAUACCUCAAAUACCUAAAGAUCAUAAUCCAUUAAAAAGGAAAGUUCGUUCAACUUUUGAUCCUAGUUCUAUCAAUCCUUAUUUGGAUGCUAGUACUAUGGGUAAUAAUAGAAAGAAAUCUCGAGGAUUACAAUUCAAUGAGCAAGGGAAAUAUAUCGAACAAGGUAAUAUACUACGAGAAAAGAUUGAAUUGGAGUUACAAGAACAAGCUAGAGUGAAAGAACUACAAGAUAAAGGGCUUUUAGCCAAUGAAGAAUUAGGAGAAUUGGCAUUUAAACAUGAAAAACCUCCAAGUUUAGAAUGGUGGGAUUCUUUCUAUGUCAAUGGACAUAAUUAUGAUUUGAUCGAUAAUGAGAAGAAUAUCAUCUUAGAUAAUGAAACAUCUCCCAUAACGAUAUAUAUCCAACAUCCAGUGUUUUUAGAUGCUCCUAAUGAUAAACAUCUUCCUGAAGAUAAAGCUAUGUAUUUAACCAAGAAAGAAAUGAAACGUAAAAGAAAAAAUGAAAGACAAGAAAAAUUCAAACACCAACAAGAACGUAUACGACUUGGAUUAGAUCCACCACCACCACCAAAAGUCAAAUUAUCAAAUUUAAUGAAUGUUUUGACCAAUGAAGUUAUAAAGGAUCCUACAGCCAUUGAGAGGAAGGUUAAAAAGGAUAUUGAAAAUAGAUACAAACAACAUAUGAAAGCUAAUGAAGAAAGGAAACUAACCAAGGAACAGAAAUAUGAAAAGUUACAUCAAAAACAUGAACAAGACGUUUCUUCAGGAUACUAUCGAAAUGUUUAUAGAAUCGAUAAGUUAAUCGAUAAACAACAUUUCUUUAAAAUUGAUGUCAAUGCUAAAGAAUUGGAAUUGAAUGGGAUAUGUUUGGUUCAUGAUAAGAUGACAUUGCUUGUAAUUGAAGGAGGUUCCAAGGGAUUAGGCAAAUAUGACAAAGUAAUGAAUAAGAUCAAAUGGACUAAAUCUAAUAACGAAUCAAUUGAUCUUAGUAGUAAUAAAAUGACAUCAAUUUGGUCCGGUCAAAUUAAAGACCUACAAUUCAAAAAAUGGUCAAUUAUCAAUGUCAGGAACGAUGAUGAUUUGUAUAGUAUUUUAAAUAGGUUUCAUAUAGAAAAUUAUUGGAGACAAGCCAGUAAUUGA